AUGACGAGCUCAGAGUCAGAAGAACAACCGCAGACAUCGCGCAAGCGCUCGCGCAGGAGUAAUAGUGGCGAUGACGGUGUUGCUGGAGGAAAGAAGGCUAGGGGACGGCCCCGGGUAGAUACGCAGGAUGCCACAGCCGCAGAUAGACGAAGAACUCAAAUCCGUCUUGCUCAGCGAGCUUAUCGCCAACGAAAAGAGACGACGAUCUCAUCUCUGAAAAACCAAAGCGCACAGCUUCAUUCGAUCAUCGAGCAGAUGAACAAGACUUUUCUAAAGCUGAAUGAGUCAACCGUGAAGUCAGGUUUGUUGCAACUGAAUCCGACAUUGGCUCAGGAGUUCAAGCUGGUGACGGAGACAUUUGCGAACUUGGUUAAGACGGCCAGCGAGGGUCAGUAUGAGGGAGACGAAGAUGGCGAACAAGGGGAUCAGGGAGCUGCUGAACGCAGUGGUGCACAAAGACCAGUCGAGCCGGAAGUCGAAACUCGACACGUUGGAUGGGGCUAUUCCACAAACUCGAAGCCAGAUGUUCAGAAGCGCCCGCAACAACAACAGCAACAACAACAACAACAACAACAACAACUAUCAACCCCGGAUAGCUACCUCGCACACAUCAGUGCUGCCUAUGGUACUGUAGACAACAGCAGGAACGAUCUAGUGCCAUGCCGUGCGUUUCCAAUCGGCGCUGUUUUUGAUCAAUCGAGCCGAUCUUCACAGCCCCCUGGAGAUCCACCGUCUUCGCAUACCUCAUCGCAAUCAGCACAGCUUCCCUUUGGUCUUGUAGACUUGCUCAGCCAACAGCAAGCAUCCUUCGCAUCAUCAAACCCGCACAUCUACUCCGUUCGUAUACCAACGCCUGCCGUUACUCCACCAAUAAACAGGCUUCCAACACCUCCUACAACGAAAGUCCCGACGAAGACACUUCGACCAGUGACAACAUAUAGUUUCGAAGAGACUACAUUUGCUAGGAGACUAUCCAGGGCGGCGCUUGAGACGGGGUUCCAUUUGCUGAGUCGUGCCAACGAUCGUCCUACGGCGAUAGAUCGCGUCUUCAAGCUCUCUCUACCCCACCAAACUCUCGAUCAAAUACGGAGCCGCUUCCGGACUAUUAUGUCCCGUUCUGUUGAUGAAGACCUGGACUGGUGGGAAUCGCCUUUCAUCCAUCUCGGCGGCGCAGGAACUCACUAUCCGCGGCGUGAUGCUGCGGGCAACAUAACACAUGUUAGGAAUGGAUGGAACAUGCGGCAAAUUGGACCACCAGAGAAGAGAGUAUAUAUAAUAGAGAACACAGAAGACGGCAGGAGUGAGGAGUUGGGUGAUUUGGAUCUCAGUGGAUUUGAGGGAGAGUGGUUCGACUGCCAUGAUGUGCAAGGGUAUUUGGAGGAUAAAUACGCGUGCAAGCUCGAUCCGAGAAGUUCAUUCGCGGAAUGUGUUAUCGACGAAGAGGACGAAGGAGCGCCCGAAGCUCAUAGCAGUGCUGUACGACCACGUCCAAGCAUACCAACGGAGCUGCCUCGUCUCAACAAUAGUUCUACCAACCCAGCGACAACUUCGUCGACCACUUCGACAAAUCGACCUGGUCAGCCUUACAACAUGGCAGACAAUGGAGCCUUUGGUCUAGACAUGUCAUUCGGUCACACUAGCGACUUUCCCAGGCUCAUCAAUUACGAUAUAUCUUACGAUCAAACACUAGGAUUAGAUCUCGCCCCUGGAUACAAUUAUGAUUUCUCGCAUUCCGAUGGCUUUCACAUAGGCGACAUGGAUUUGGGCAUGGAUAUCAUGAACGACGUGGCUGCGGCUUUGCCAGUGGUGAGGCAGAAGCGGAGAAAAACUGGCUGGGUCGACGUCUCAAGACUUAUCGAUGAGAUCAUUGGCGGCGUCUACCAGCAGAUCAUCGAGAAGGUGAUCCAGACGUCGCAGAAUGAUUUCGAGGAGUCUGGCGUCGACCACACGACGCUCGACGAGAUGAAGCAGGGCUGGCAAGAGAGGUUAUCUGCUCUCAAGAUUGCUCACUUCCCUUGGGAUCCCGCCCCUGAGCCUGUUCGUCAGCCGCCUACGGUGCCAUCCAAUGUCAAGGUCGACAAUGACAUGCCUCCCGUUUCCGGUUCUCAGGACGGCCUCAACUUCCCGAAUGUGCCCGUCAAGACAGAAGGAGGAUAUCAGCCACCUGUUGCUAACUACCCUCCAGCCCAGACUGCGAACAAUGGUUAUGGUGGCAGCUAUGAUCAAAACACACAGCUGGCAAACCAGCGCGCGGCUGCGCUUGUCCAGCAACGUAUUCAGCAACAGGGCCAUGUGCAGCAGCAAAACUUUCCCAACCUUGCUCAACAAGGACAUUUGCCGCAGAUGCCAAUGCAAAAUCAGCAGCAGCGGAUGAUGGCGCCACAACAACAGCAUCAGCGCCCGCCGCAGCAGCAACAGCAACAGAUGCCGCAGCAGCGUCCCCCGCCGCAAAAUCACAUGUACACCUCUCAGACUGAUGGUUCAGGUGAUGCCAUGGCCGACUGGGAGGCCCUGAAGGCUGCGCGAGCUGCUGAUGCAGUCGAGCGUAUGGCAGCAGACGACUUCAUGCGUGCCCGUGUUGAUGCCAUGGCUAUGCGUCAGGACAGUGGCCUCAUGGUGCCGCUCGAUUCGAUGCCAAAGGGCAGGAAGCGAAAGGCUGCUGUGCGUGUGUUACAGACCGAAGAUGCAGAAGCAUCGUCGAGUGCACCAGGUCCUGCUCGCUUUGACGGCGACGACGAUGUCAAGCCCGAAGAGGAUCCGGACGAUGCGAUCAACUCUGACCUUGAUGAUUCAGAGGACGAGCUUGGCGAUGGCGACAACAGUGAUGACGAGAUGGUCGACUAUAUGCUCUGUACCUAUGACAAGGUCCAGCGCGUCAAGAACAAGUGGAAGUGCACCCUCAAGGACGGUAUCCUGACGACGAACAAGAAGGAAUACUUGUUCCACAAGGCAAAUGGUGAAUUCGAAUGGUAG